ACCUAAAUUGAAGGCAGCAAUCUUGUCUGCCGAUGAAGCCAACUGCAGCACCUUGCUACUGUAAACUUGACCUCUUCUUUCAUCUCUCACCAAACCCAACCCCCCUUAAAACAGUAAAACCCAUCUCCAUUCUACAAUCUUUAUUUAUUCUGUAAACUCAUCCCCCCUUCCCCUAGAUUAUUAUUAUACAUAACCCAGAAACAAGAGUAAUGGAGGAAUCUUUGUCAGACAACAGGCUGCGGUUUGAGAUAGAGUUGAAAUAUGGUGAAACAACAAUCGUGUCAUGGGUUCAACUUCUUAAACAUUCUGGCAUCAUUCCACUUCAUCACUCUCCUUCUUGUUCCUCACCUGAGGAGGAGGAGCCUCAGAAGCAGCUUCAUGAAGAAGAUGAGUCAAGAAGCAGCAACUGCUCUAACAUCAUCCUUAAGAAAGAGAAGGAUGAGUACACUUAUAGAUCUCCCACUAUAGAGCACUGCCGACCAAAAAAGCAGACAGCUGUACCAGAAGCCACAAAAAACACAAAAAUUGGACACGCAAGGGUUAGAUCCGUAGCAUUAACAAGCAACAACAGUGAACAACAUUCACUCGACAAUCGAAGAUUUGAGCUUCCUGACCUAAACAUGCCUUAUACAAUGCAGGCAGCCAGUACUUUGCCAACACAUACCAAGGAUGAAUCUUGUAGUAUUUUGAAUCGAUCGAUGCUUGAAAGUACCAUCUUGGAGUUGGAGACCAUGGCUGCCGAUUCAAGACGAUUGCAUGGUGAUGUUGAAGAUGCAGUUGGAACCAAAAGCAGGUUGCCUCGGGAACUUAAGAAAAAGCUAGAGACCGUUGCUCGAUUAGCGCAUUCAACCCUUGGAAGAAUUUCCGAUGAGCUGAUUAUGCAUCUUACGAGCAUUCUUGGGCACUGGUUGAAGCCAAGAACACUGAAGAGAUGGUUGAGGGACAUGGUUCCGUCGGAAAUAUCGGCAUGCGGAGGGGAUGCUAUCAGGUUUAGUCAGAUUAAAAGCGAGGUUAUCGAAAUGAUCAAAUUGAGGAACCCGUCAAAGGAUGGAUUGGAUAAAGAGUUUAUAGAGUCGCAUGGAGCUCCUAAAGCAAAAUACAGCAUGGACCAUGAAAUGGAAGAUAAAAUAUGUGAUUUCUAUGACGUUUAUGUUCAGGGGAUGGAUGAAAUUAAAAGCUCAGACAUUCGAAAAUUCUACAUUCAGCUUGCGGCAUUGUGGCCAACUGGAACCAUGGAUAAUCAUGGAGUACGGAAUGCAAUUUGUAGCUCCAAAGAACGACGAAGAACAGCUUUGCGAGAAAAGGGCCAUGAAACCGGCAAGCGAAAGACGGUGGCUAUACUAGAGUUCGACGAGGAUCUCCAUGGAAAAGCUAAGUUAGUUGCUGCCAUGGUAAAUGACACAAAUGCCCCUGUUUCCACUUUUCCAGACACUGCAGUCCCUGGCACGCCUGAACUUAACCAGAAUCUCAGCGCACCCGCAAAGAGGUUCAGCCCGCCAUCACCAGGCUCCUGCCAGUAACUGCUUGAGCAAAACCACUUGAAAUAACCAAUAAUACUCUUUAAAAGGGUGUUUAUGUACAUACACGUGCGUCAGCUCGGCUCUCAAGAACAGCAGAAUCCAGUUGCUAGCUGGUUUUUCAUGGGUCGCAAUGCGGAUAUUCUCAUCAAGUUUGCAUCUUUUUUGCAUUCCGGCUAUGACCCGUUGGUCUGACAGGCUAUUUGAAGAUUGGUUCUGAACAACGUAAGAAAACGACUUAUGGUUUAAUGUUAAAAGUUGGUUAGAAAAGCAAAGCUCCUUGACAUCUUAAGCUACUCUGGUAGUGCUUAUAGUUGUAAAUUAUACUUAUUUCGGCUUCUUACUAUCAUUCACACACAUUAUGCA